AUGCACAGGACCACCAGGAUAAAGAUCACCGAGCUGAACCCACACCUGAUGUGUGCCUUGUGCGGAGGAUAUUUCAUAGACGCCACGACCAUCGUGGAGUGUCUGCACUCCUUCUGCAAAACCUGCAUCGUUCGCUACCUGGAGACCAACAAGUACUGCCCCAUGUGUGAUGUCCAAGUGCACAAAACCAGGCCCCUCCUCAGCAUCAGGUCAGACAAAACCCUUCAGGACAUCGUGUACAAGCUGGUCCCAGGACUCUUCAAAGAUGAGAUGAAGAGGCGACGUGACUUCUACGCAGCAUAUCCCAUGGCUGAGGUUCCUAAUGGUUCCAACGAGGAUCGUGGGGAAGUCUCUGAGCAGGACAAGGCGAAUCUGACGGAUGAUGAGAUCGUCAACCUGUCCAUAGAGUUUUAUGAAGGGUCCAGAGAGGAGAAGAAAGGAACUGUUGAGAACGGAGACCUGGAGAAGGAGAAGAAGAAUGGGCUGCGGUUCCUGCGCUGUCCUGCGGCGAUGACUGUCAUGCACUUGGCCAAGUUCCUCCGCAACAAGAUGGAUGUUCCCAGCAAGUACAAGGUGGAGGUCCUGUAUGAAGAUGAGCCCCUGAAGGAAUAUUACACCCUGAUGGACAUUGCCUACAUCUAUCCCUGGAGGAGGAACGGCCCUUUGCCGCUGAAGUACCGCGUCCAACCUGCCUGCAAGAGGCUCAAGCUAUCCCAAGCAGCCACGUCCGAGUGCACCAACACCAGCGGCGCCUCCGAGUGCGAAUCGGUCAGCGACAAAGCUCACAGCCCUGCCACGCUGCCUGCCACCUCCUCCUCCCUGCCCAGCCCGGGCACCCCAUCCCACGGCUCCCCCAGCUCCACCACGGGCACUGGUGCCAGCCCUGCCCUCAACGGCACCUCGAACUGCCACCCACCGGGGCCGCAAAACGACUGUCAACGGCAGCACAGCCUCAGCCUUGACCUAAAGCUCAGCCCACAGGGACUCCUGGCUGGGUUUUCUAUAUAG